AUGGAUGAGAUUGCCCCCGAAUAUGAUGUCGUCGUCCUCGGCACCGGUUUGACCGAAUGCGUGCUCUCCGGUGUUCUCAGUGUGAAGGGGAAGAAGGUGCUACACAUUGAUCGCAAUGAUCACUAUGGCGGAGAAGCUGCGUCUGUGAACAUCGAGGCUCUCUUCAAGAAAUAUGGCAACUUCAAAGAGGGGGAGGAGCCGUGGAAGAAGUACGGCCGAGUCAACGACUGGAACGUUGAUCUCGUACCAAAGCUGCUGAUGGCCAACGGAGAGCUGACGAACAUUCUCGUCUCUACCAAUGUUACAAGAUACCUCGAGUUCAGGCAGAUUGCCGGCAGCUUCGUGCAGCAAGGGUCUGGACCCAGAGCGACUGUGGCGAAAGUCCCUUCCACGGCUUCUGAGGCCCUGAGCUCUCCUCUGAUGGGCUUGUUCGAGAAGAGACGGGCGAAGAAGUUCUUGGAGUGGGUCGGGGCAUUCGAAGAGAACAAUCCGAGCACUCAUGGUGGUCUCAACCUCAACCAGUCCUCCAUGAAGGACGUGUACGACAAGUUCGGCCUCGAGGCCACCACUCGCGACUUCAUCGGCCACUCUAUGGCUCUUUACAGUUCUGAUGAAUACCUCAACUCUCCAGGUAUGGCCACUGAUGCCAUCAGCCGUAUCCGUCUCUAUGCAAAUUCCAUGGCCCGCUAUGGCAAGUCGCCGUACAUCUAUCCUCUGUACGGCCUUGGCGAGUUGCCUCAAGGUUUCGCUCGUUUGUCUGCCAUCUAUGGUGGCACCUAUAUGCUCAACACCUCUAUUGACGAGGUGGAGUACGAGGGUGGCAAAGUCUCCGGCAUCAAGGCAACCAUGAAGGAGCGCGGCGAGGAGGGUGACGGGAUGAAGUUCAGCACCAAGACGAAGAUGAUCAUUGCCGACCCCUCGUAUUUCCCCGACAAAGUCCAGGUUGUGGGACAUCUCAUCAAAGCCAUCUGCAUUCUCAAUCAUCCCGUCGAUAAGACUAACGACUCGGACUCCUUCCAGCUCAUCAUUCCUCAGUCGCAAGUCGGCCGCAAGCACGACAUUUACAUCGCAGCCGUCUCGUCGGCCCACAAUGUCUGCCCCCGAGGGUAUUACAUUGCAAUCGUCAGUACCAUCGCCGAGACGUCUGCAAACCAUCACCUAGAGCUGCAGCCCGGUCUGGAGCGCCUGGGCAAGAUUGAGGAGAUCUUCACCAGCAAGCCCAUUCCCAUCUACGAGCCGCUUGAGAGCGGGCUCAAUGACCACAUCUAUCUCUCCAAGAGCUACGAUGCCAGCUCACACUUUGAGACCACGACAGAUGAUAUCAGAGACCUGUACAGGAGGGCGACAGGCGAGGAGCUGGUUGUUCAGGGUCUGGCGGAAGGCCAGACGCUGGCCGAGGAGUAG